AUUCUAGUUGGACAGCAGCCCACUUUAAAAGCUUGAUUAACGUUAAGAUGCAGCUUGUUGUGGUGUUGCGCAUAUAAAUAAAUACUAAAUCAAUUAUCAAUCACGAUGGAGAUUUUGCGGGAUGAUGAAGAACAAGAGCUCAAAUAUAAACGCACGGGUCGUUUGGACAUGAGCCACGGUUUCUUACACCACAUUCGAAGGAACCAGAUUGCCAGAGAUGACUAUGAUAAGCAGGUGAAGCAGGCCAAUGAGCAUCAGAGGCCCAGGCACACCACUACCUCCCGACUCCCCCGACGACCAGACAUCCAAGUGUACCAUCCUCGACGUGGAAAUGGAUCUCAGCCAGGAGUGGGUGCAGAGACUGAGGAGUGGAAUGAGAGUGGAUCCAGUACAGAGCCAGAGACCCAUGGAACUGAGCUCUUCUGGCUGGACUACCAGGCUGACUCUGGCCAUGUCACCUCCUACAUCGUACUCAAGGAGGAUAAGCCAGAGAGGGUGGUGGAGCGCGUAGCAGAGGAGAAUGUUCUGGACUCCACCAUGAGGAUGGCACUGCAGGCCCGGCUUCGAAAGGAAAUGGAUAAACGGCGGAACAAAGCUAAAGGGGGAGAAUGGACUUGACAAACAGGGGUGAGGAGGACCAAGAAGCCUCUGUUUACCCUCUGGCCAACCUUCUCUCCCUGUAUGUAAAGAAUGCUAGUAGCACAGGACUACUGUGGACCCUCAUCCUAAGGGACUGUAAGCCAGGAUCCAAGUGACUUCACACAGCCAAGCCGUCUCCUCUGUGUGGAAUAGAUUGACUUACAGAAUGGUAGAAAUGGAUCUGACCUCAUAGCUCCUCUAUUGGACUGGCAUUGGCUGUCAACCUGCUCCAAAGGACCUAGCUGAUACAACCUGGACCCCUCUCUGAGCCACACCAGGCCUUAACUGUAAACCCCCCCCCCCCCCCACCUUUGACCAUUAGGCUGGAGAGCAAAUCCUUUGGUCGUAGCUGUUCUGUUUUUAUUGUGUUUGUUACAAAUGUGCCGUGGUCAUGACCUCGCUCUAUUCUAAUUUAUUUUUGAUUGGCCUAUAUUUUCGGAGACUUUAUUUUUGAUAAUGUACAUUUAUGGAGAGGUCCUUAUUGUUUCAGUAUUACAUACUGUAUAUUAAAUAUAGUUAUUUUCCAAAGGGGUUUAUUGGCUAUUUUAUUCACAAAAGGUGGUUGGUUGUAUGCAGAUUAGUGUAUACAGUUUUGGUAAAGGUGUUCAAUAUCGAAUGUUAAUCGAUCUCAUUCUCUUACGCAAUUCCAGGUCAAUGUUUUAAUUUACGACCUGGGUGAUGCAUGGUGAUUGGAGUACCAUUAGUGUGGGGGAGAAGGUCAUUGUCAUGGUUAAAAUUCUAGAUGAUGCGCUUCAUGCACUCUUAAAUGACAUGGCCAGAUUAGACUCUAGUGCAGGGCUCUCCAACCCUAUUCCUGGAGGGCUACCAACCUGUAGGUUUUCACUCCAACUGAUAAAACUGAAUCAGGUAAAUAGCCCUUAUGCAUUCCAUGACCGACUGUUCAAAGCACGCUUC